CAAUCUCCAACGUCGGGCCAUCUCCUGCUCAGCUCGAACUGACAUUUCGCGAUCCUCCCCCUCCACACCACCCCGUCAAUUGGACCCCAACACACCCACCGCCGGGAUCAAUCAUCAUGUCCGCUCCCUCCCUCGCCAACUACAUCGUCAAGCGCCCAUGGCUCAAGCGCUGGAUGAUGCCCAUUGCCCAGUGGUACACCGACGCCUCCGGCUACAGGAGACUCGGCUUGAGGGCCGAUGACCUGAUCCCCGAGGAGAACGACGUCGUCCAGAAGGCUCUCAAGCGUCUUCCUCCCAAGGAGGCCUACGACCGUGUCUUCCGUAUCCGCAGAGCAUUCCAGUGCUCCAUCUCCCACACUCUCCUCCCCGCUGCUGAGCAGACCAAGCCCGCCGAGGAUGUCGAAUACCUGAGCCCCAUCAUCCGCGAGAUCGAGAAGGAGAACAAGGAGCGCGAGGACCUCGACGCCCUCGUCGUCAGACGGUAAAUGGGCCUCGCCCCUCGCCUCCCUCAUCAUUGACUAGAUUCGGUUCCGUUGUUCCGGUAUACAAUAAAAAUGCCGCUGGGGUUUAUAGACGGGUGGGGAUAGGUUUCAGAUGUGCUGUUCACUGUCCGGCUCGGCGGUCAUGCUGCGAGAGAGAAGCAUUUGGCUGGUCGUUAAUUGAAGGAAGGAAGGAAGCUUUUGAUUUUGGUGCGAAAUCAUGUGUACGGAUACUGUACAAAUUCAUUCGUCGUUGUCGUUGUCGUUCUUUAGGCUGUUUUGGGUGUCGUAGUUGUGUGGUGUCUUGGUAUUAUUCCUCGAGCUUAUUCCACGAGUAACAUAUGGGAUAUUAUGGCCGUGGUACGGAUAUGAGGGUUAAACAGCUGAACGCCUCACAUAUACACCCCGAUAAAUAGGUCUAGGUAGGCA